GUGAUCUUGGAGAGAUAGAUGGUAAUUGCGGGGCCCGGGAUUUGUUUGUUGGUUUUUUCACCGCAUUAGUAUAUGUACCAUUUGUAUAAGAGUUGGGAAAAAUGCUCAAUUUAUUAGGAAGUCGUGCUAUUUCGAAUUUGCAAUCCGGACAUCUUAGCAGGCUGCGAAGACGGUAGUGAAAGAGGCUCAACCUUUUUAUCCACGACGUUGAAGAUUUUUGUGGAUUGGUUCAAACGCUCACGGCCCGUCCCACUUCUCCCGUACCAGUAGCAUUUCGAAAUGUCUCCACGACCAAGCCUCGCUUUAGGGCUUCUAGCCAUGGGCUCUCUUGGCGCAGCGGCUCCAUGCGAUCUUUACGCCACUGGAGGAACGCCUUGUAUCGCUGCACACAGCACAACUCGAGCUCUGUACAGCGCGUUCACGGGUGCUCUCUAUCAGGUCAAACGAGGCUCUGACAGUACUACGACCAACAUCGCACCGCUUUCCGCAGGUGGUGUCGCCAACGCCGCUGCUCAGGACACGUUCUGCGCCAGCACGACUUGCCUCAUCACCAUCAUCUACGACCAGUCUGGCCGCGGUAACCACCUUACCCAGGCGCCGCCCGGCGGCUUCAACGGUCCGGAGUCCAAUGGCUACGACAACCUGGCAAGCGCAAUUGGCGCACCAGUCACGUUGAACGGCCAAAAGGCGUACGGCGUCUUCGUCUCGCCCGGCACCGGCUACCGCAACGAUGCCGUGAGCGGCUCCGCGACAGGGGACGCUGCCGAGGGAAUGUACGCGGUCCUCGAUGGGACGCAUUACAACGGUGCCUGCUGCUUUGACUAUGGCAACGCCGAGACCAACAAUCUCGAUACAGGGAAUGGCCAUAUGGAGGCCAUCUAUUACGGUGACAGCACCGCCUGGGGAUCUGGUGCAGGAAGCGGCCCGUGGCUCAUGGCUGAUCUUGAGAACGGCCUGUUCUCUGGUGUAAGCUCGGGCUACAACGCUGGUGAUCCUUCCAUCUCUUAUCGCUUCUUUACUACCGUCCUCAAGGGGGGACCCAACAAGUGGGCGCUUCGUGGCGCCAACGCUGCAUCUGGCUCGCUGUCGACAUACUACAGCGGCGUACGCCCAACCGCGACCGGCUACAACCCCAUGAGCAAAGAGGGCGCUAUCAUUCUCGGAAUCGGCGGCGACAACAGCAAUGGUGCUCAGGGGACCUUCUACGAAGGUGUCAUGACCACUGGGUAUCCAACGGACGCCACCGAGGCCGCAGUGCAGGCCAACAUUGUCGCCGCCAAAUACGCUACGACGUCGUUGACCAGCGGAACCGCAAUCACCGUUGGUUCUUCCAUCUCGCUGCGCGCAACCACGGCCGGCUAUACGACACGCUUCCUGGCGCAUACCGGAUCGAAUGUCACCACCCAGGUUGUCACGUCGUCCAGCAGCACCGCACUCAAGCAACAGGCCAGCUGGACAGUUCGCACAGGUCUUGGUAACAGCGCCUGCGUCUCGUUCGAGUCGAAGGACACCACUGGCAGCUAUAUUCGACACAACAACUUCGUUCUACAGCUCAACGCCAACGACGGCACUAAGCAGUUCCACGAGGACGCCACUUUCUGCCCUCAGACCGGUCUGAGCGGCUCGGGCACUUCGAUUCGAGCCUGGGGCUAUCCUACUCGUUAUUUCCGCCAUUACGACAACGUGACGUAUGUCGCGAGCAACGGCGGUGUUCACACGUUUGACGCUGCUGCAUCGUUCAAUGCCGACGCGACAUGGGCGGUUACCACCAGCUUUGCUUGAGGUAUCGCUUGACCUUUCGCUAGGUGUAUAAGGGUGGUAUUUCCUGUAUAUAUUCCAGUUGUUGAAGGGUGUUCGAUAGCAAUACAGAAGAGACAAGAUGAUGAGUCAAUUUGCUUUGAUGACUGAACUGCUUAAUUCGAUGUUCA